AUGGGAAAUCCAGAUGCUUUUGUGGUCCUGAAUGCAGACAUCAUGGGUGACUAUCCUUUACAGGAGUUUGUUGAAUUUCACCAGCAGCAUUUGGGUGAACAUUCAAUCCUGGCUACAGAGGUAAGAAUCUUGUUAUCACAGUGAAAAUUGUAAUCAUUUUGUUGUUACCGUGAAACCUGUGUUUUGCAGUGAUUUUGUGACAAAUAGUGAUUGUUUUGGUGAGUCCUGGGACUCAUCUUGAGUUUAUGUUACUCUUAAGCCUAUUUGAUAGUGUAGAACUAAUCCAGUACAGAAAAGUAUCACUUAUAAUAGUAAAUUAUGUUUCUUUAUCCCCCAGGCAAACAGAAAACAAGCUCAUAACUUUGGUUGUUUAGUAGAAGACCCUGACACACACAAGGUUAGAAUUAACAUGAAGAUUUUGCAGUACGACAAGUUAACUUGUUUCAAAUUACUGUCUGAUAUGAAAAUGCCUGUUACAGUGAGUCCCUGUAAUGUGUUGCAUGGAAUUCGACUGAUAAUAAUCUGUGCGCCAUGAAGCAGGCACAAAAUAACCCAGGUUUUCAAUGUAUUCUAUUUACAGUGUAGUACACACUGAGGGACACAUUGCAGGAAAUCUUUGCAAUAUAUCCCCCUAUGUGUCCUAACCUUUAUAUUAAAAAUAUAUUACAGUCGAACCUCCUGUAAGUGACCACCCAAAAUGCAAAGACUGAGUGGCCGCUUACAAGAAUUGAACCACAGGGGUCUAUUCUGAGAAGAGGUCCAGACACAUCUACUUUAUGAAAGAUCUUUAUUGCAUACAAUGUCUAACUUAUGCCAUGUGUAGUUCCAUGUUGUCACUAAAGUUCUUCACGCAUUCUUAAUAGCAUAGUGCACACAACGAACAUACAGAUCAAAGAAAGCGUCAAGUGGUCGCUUACAAGAGGUUAAAAAACAGGGGAAAGUCAUUAACUGUCAGGCACAAAAAGUGUUCGUGGUUACUUCCAUGACUGAGGAGGUGGUUGUUUACUAGAGGUUCCAACUGUAAUGCUUUGACUAGGAAAAAUUUGGUGUUUUGGAUUGGCGGUCGCUUAUGGGAGGUGAUCACUUACAAGAGGUGGUCGCACAUGGAGUUUCGACUGUAUUAUUAUAAUUAUUAUUAUUUUCUGUGCUACAGCACAUGUGAUAAAAGAUUCAUUACCACAUUCACCUUCAGCAAGCUUUGUUACUUGAGGGAGAAAUCAAUAAAAUAGGUCUUUUGCAUUAGUUGAUCAUGUGAUCAACUUUCUGUAAACAUGAAAACAGUUCACUUUUGAGAAAUUUUGUUAGCAGAAACUGAAAGAGCAUAUUAAAAUUAGGUAACCUGUAAAUUUUCAGCCAUAUAUCUCAAAAAUAACGAUUACAAUGGCUGCUGAAAAAUAGAAGAAUGUGUAUGGGAAAAACAACUCUUGCCACCCAACCACGCUUGAGUAGUUUUCCAAACAAAUCCUUGUAAAUUUCAAAAUGUUCAAACAUUACUGUCGUUAAAUAUUUUCUGAAGCAUUUUGGGACUCAAAUCUCCAUUUUAUUCAUAAUAGGCACUUUGAGCGCUUAAAUGCAGAAGGGCAAGAUUUAAUGACAGUUUAAACAUUUCAAAUUAUUUUUGAAAUGACCAGUGUAACAUAUUCAUGUAUAACAUUUAUAUAAAUUAUUUCAUUAUUGUUAUUUUUCAGGUGUUGCAUUAUGUUGAAAAGCCAGAAACUUUUGUUAGUGAAGUCAUAAACUGUGGUAUUUACAUCUUCUCACCAGCUAGCUUGUUCAAACUCAUGGGAGAAGUACUUCAUAAGAAUUACCAGAAAAUGAGGUACUAGUUUAUGAUUCUAUUCUAGUUAUAGCUACGGCUACAUGUUGUAAGUGCCUACGAGCCAAGAUUUUACCUAUACGCACAUGCUCUUCAAUUUGUUUAGAAAUGUCAUGAAUUACCAUAAUUUACAAGAAUUCAGGCUGCAGGUUAGUCAUGUGUCCAUCAACUUUCCUUAGACAGGGUGUCUAGGUUUUGAUGCCUGCAUAGGGAAUAUCUGGUGAAUUUCAAAAUGAAAUUCAGGUCAAAAUGGUUUCAAACUACAGCUGUCCUAGUUUAAUUCAGCACAGAAUCCUUAUUCUAAAAUAAGUUUUUUUGUUGCAGUGUUGAACCAUUUGCUGGUAAUGUCGAGUCAAUCAGGAUGGGCGAGGAUGUUCUUGCCAGUUUAGCAAAUUCAGGGACCCUGAAUGCAUUUAAAACAAGUAACUUUUGGACUAGCAUCAAAAGUGCAGGGUAAUGAUCUUUUCUUGAUUUCUUCACACUGAAACUUUUAGUUUCACUAAAAGAAACUUGAAUUACUAGAGAUAUAUGCCUGUGUUAAUCUUUAACAUGGAGGUGAAGGCCCCAAGUGGGGGAGGUAACCUGCUCAGGUGGGGUGAAAAAAAUAACCUAUGGUAUAACAUGCAAUCAGUGAAUCUUAAAACCCCACCAUCCUGGGGUGCACUUUCUCAAGAUUAGGAAGCUUAAGCAAUGGCGAUGGCAACAGCAACGACAACAUCAAAAAAGCAAUAGGUUUGAUUAACAAAACAACAGCUCUGCAAGUGCAUCACCCUCUUUUGUACAUUAAUUUGCCGUUUGUUGCACGACUACGGUGUGAAAAAUCUUGAACACAAGAUGACCCUCUUUUUCUUUUCCUGAACUUUGAUACUGUCCUUUAGAAUUCAACUCCCGAAAGAUUGAACAGCAUUUGAUGAAAUCAACAAGAUGUGAUAAGUGCAAUAAACUUUGCAGCAGCAUGAACACACUUUUAAUUUUGAGUAACAUUUUUGUAGCUGCAGCUGUCGUCGUUGCUGAAGUUCCCAUUUGUUAACCCUAAAUAUGAAUAACUGUCUUACCCCAAAAAAUCUGAAAAUGUGUGACCCCAUUCUAGUAACUCUUGAAAAUGCGACCCCAUUAUAGUCAAUACAGUUGUGAAAAUACGACCCCAUCCAGCGGCACAUCCCCAUUAGCCCCUUAUAAGGAAGUACCCCCCCCNAUGCGACCCCAUUAUAGUCAAUACAGUUGUGAAAAUACGACCCCAUCCAGCGGCACAUCCCCAUUAGCCCCUUAUAAGGAAGUACCCCCCCCCCCCCCCCCGGGGAAUAUAGAAAAAUGCCAAAUGAUGUUUAAGCACCGGCUACCUUUGUGUCAUCAGAGAGGCAUCCUCCUGAGUUUAACUGUAAGUUUUAGUUACUCUCAGUCUUAAUGUGCUGUUGAGGUAUAUAGAAGAUAAAAUAACAUGCUUUUUUUUUGUUUUUAACAGGUCUGCAAUUUACGCAAAUAGAAAUGUUCUUUCUUUGUAUCACAAGACCCACCCAGAUCUCCUGGCACAAAAUGGAAAGGACAAACCUCAUAUAAUAGGUAUAACUUGAGCUUUUCCCUCAUUUGUAAAAGCAGAAUUCGUAAAAAACUAAUGAUGUAAGCUCAGUGAUAGAUGAUGGGUGUAUAAAAAUGCCGUUCUCUCUGUUCAUCAUAAUCAUCUGUCUGUCUGUCUGUCUAUCUAUCUAUCUCUAUCUAUCAAAGUAUCUAUCUAUCUAUCCGUCCAUCUGCCCGCCCUCCCCUCCAUCUAUCCAUCCACUUCUGCCUUAAGAUUAUAGUUUGCUAAAAACUUGUCCAGUUAGAUAUUAAUUUUUAUGUGUAGAACAUAAAAGAUCAUAAAUGUUACUUGAUAUAAUUUAUUGUUUUUUUUAUUUUAAGGUGAUGUGUACAUUCAUCCAAGUGCAGUUGUUCACCCAACAGCAGUGGUAUGAUUUCUUGUUGUACUAAUAGCGAACAUUACUCAUGUACUGGAAGCCUGCGAUUUCCAGGGGUUUUCAUCACUGAACAUGAACUAGACCCUAGAUCAAAAAUUAGUAGCCUGCGUGCAAUGCCCCCUCCCCUAAAAAAAACUGUCGGGGAGGGAGACAUCUGUGGAACACAACUAGUGUCUGCGCAACACAGAUGUCUAGCUCUUUCCCUGAAUUUUUUUGAGGGGAGGGGGCAUCUGUACACAAUUUAUAGGUCAAGUAGUGCUCCCAUCCAGUAGCAAUUUGUGUACCUUAGCCAUGAGCCCAAUGCAAAAGCAUGCAAAAGCACCUUUCACACUGAUAAGAAGUGGAAAUGGAGAGGGGAAUGAAAUAAACUGAAUGCGAAAAAUAAAAUGGCUGCAAAUCAAAAGCAAUGGGGAUGCUGAUGGCGACAGCAAUGAUAAGGUCGAAAAAGCAAUAGGUUUAGAUUAGCAAAACAACAGUUUUGCUCAUGUAUCCAGCUUUUUGUUCAUUUCUUUGCCAUCACUGCACAACUACUACUUGAACUUCAAUACAGUCCUUUAGAAUUCAACCCAAAAAAGGUUUGCCAACAUUUGACAUUCUGAAAGAGAUGAAAUAAGCACAAUAAAGUUUAAAGCAGUGCAAAUUCAAUUUUAAAUGGACAUUUUCCCAGCCAUUGCCGUCGUUGGUGCUUAAUCUCCCUAGUAACUUACUGCAUUUAACUGCAUGGAAAUAGUUUAAUCUUUCUGCUUCUAAAUUUCUGAGUGCCUUAAUGAGUGCCUUAGUGACUAUUUUAUUUUUGGUUAAAAUAAUGAGGAGACUGAUGUAAGGUGCAAACCUGUUAACUUUACUGGUGCUGUUACUAUUCUUUUCCAGCUUGGUCCCAAUGUAUCUGUUGGUAGCAAUGUAGUAAUAGGUGCUGGAGCCAGAGUCAGGGAGACAAUCUUACUUGAUGGAGCUGAACUCAAGGUAUAUUUUGUAUUCAUGGCUACAGCUAGGAUAUACAGAGGCGGCGGCCUUGUAAGGGUAAAAUUCUGACAAGCGAGAUCUCCUUGAAACAGUGAGACAAGAAACUCUGAGAUAGAAUGGUGAGAAAUGACUUGAAGAUGGGUUGAAAAUGGGUGACAGCUAAGAGAACAGUCACAAAUACAAUAGUAAAAUGCCGACAGUGACUUGGCAUCCUCCUCAAUUAUACGCGAAACAGCUAGUUUUGAAAUUCAGACUAGGGACAUAUGCACAUAUGUAACCCCCUAAGAGGGCUUCAUAUAUAUGUAACCACACUCCUACCCUUCCCCUGCAGAAAUUUUUAAGAGGGUCAGUUGAGGGGCACUCUUACUCUGAGGUUUUUAGAGGACAGUAUAAAGCUAAAAUUUCCAGGGGAGAUGGAGGGGUGGGGUUAAGCUUGCCCUACCAACCCCUCCCCCCAAAAAAUCUACAGGGAAGGUAGGAUAUAGUGCUUUUACUUGAUUACAACCUUAACAUGGGGUUUGGAAGUAACCUUGUUUGUAGAGCCAUGGUUUGUACAAUCUCAAAUUUUAGUAGUUGUCUUGAAAAGUCCUUGAAUUGACUUAAGGUCCUUGAAAAGUUCUUUAUUAGAUCUUGAAAAGUCUUUGAAAUUCACUACCUUGUCUAUGCCAUACCAUUUUCUGUAAAAUUAGAUUAUUGUGUGGGGGAAAAUUUGGCUCAUCCUCAUUGUAAGAACCUGCAAAACUCACAGGUAACGUACAUAAUUAUGUAAUUUAAACAUUUUUGUGCAUGAGCAAUAUUUUAUUUCUGUUUCUUUAUUUUAAAUGCUAUUUCUGUACCUCAGAUGCAAUUGCAAGUCAUACCCAGUCAUUUUGCAAAGUGUUGUUGAAGAAAGUAGUAUAAAAUAAUGUGAUCAACGAUGGCCGAAGAAGUAAAAAUCGUAAAUGACUCCAUUACGUGUUUUAGCCAAUAGGGUGAUCAAAAGGGGGUUAAAGAAUGCUGAUUUAUUAAACAAAUAUUAGCCCUUGAAAACUGUUAUUUGGCCUUGAAAAAUCCUUGAAAAAUCAGUGAAAUUUGUUUGUCUGAAGUUGUACAAACCAUGAGAGCUAAAUCUUGUGAUAACAGGGACUUCAUUUAAGAUUAAUGCUCUCCUCAAACUUUGUGUUUAAAAGCUUGAGGUGGGAAGGCAGAUUCAAGAUAUUUCAUAGCAUUCACAUUAUUUGACUUUUUUCUGUGUUUUCAGGAUCAUUGCUGCAUUUUGUAUAGCAUCAUAGGUUGGAAUUGUUCCAUAGGGGUGUGGUCACGAGUAGAGGGCAGUCGAUGCGACCCAAAUCCAAAUGAAGAGUUUGCUAAGCCAGAUGGAGAAUCCCUAUUUGGUAACAAUGGCAAGUUAACUCCAUCAAUCACUAUACUAGGUAAGAAACUUGCUCAAACUUUAGUUCUUUCUGUUUUCCCUCUGAUUUUCCAUUUUUUCCUAUUUGCUACGUUUUUGUUCACUAAGUACAAUAAAUUGAUGUUUCAAGUAUUAUGUGAUCUUUUUGUUUUUUCAUUUCCAGGUCGAAAUGUAACGAUACCAGGAGAGGUCAUAGUUCUUAACUCGAUCGUCCUGCCACACAAAGAUCUUAGUCAAAGUUACAAAAAUGAAAUCAUCUUGUAAUAGGUAGCAGAAAAAUAACGUAAUGUACUCUAUGUUAGGGUAUAAGGCAUUACUAUUGCGAGCUGAUUCUAUUUUAUAAUAGUUAAUGAAAGUGGCUUGUAUUUAUGUUGGAAUCAGGGUCCUGCAUCAGGGCUUUCAUUUAGAGCUGGGGGCUAGGGGCUGGGGGCUGGGAGCUAGGGAUUUCCCCGGUCUACUAUAAUCAUGACCCCUGGUUACAUUGAUAGGGAACAAAUGGAAUAUAAAACCAAAAGAACUUCAUAGUUCUUUAAUUCCCCAGCUACUAAU